UUUGCCAUCGCGCUUGCCGUACUUGUGGGAGUUUAUGUAAAAUCAUGAUGGCGGCGGCCUGUGCGAGAACGCUUAGUAAGGUCGGCCGGUUAGUUUUAGACACGCCGACAUGCCGGGUAACAAACACCGCAGCAUUAAUGCCGAGAAUCUCCAUGAGAUGCCAAGGAAGAGCUUACGGUACCGGCGGAGCAGGAUUUAGAUCCAGACUUUCGCUCGCUGCGCCGGUGCGUGGCAGUGGGCGAGUCCUGGGAUGCGCUUUCCUGCUCGGUGGUGGUUUCGGCUUGUACCAGACCGUCAAACUCACGCUACAGCGUCACCUUGCAGAGGAAAAAUCAAAUGCUCCUGAGCUGGGGACAGAUCUGAAGUUGACUCUGUAUCAGUAUAAAACCUGUCCGUUUUGCAGCAAGGUGCGAGCCUUCCUGGAUUAUCAUGGUCUGCCAUAUGAAGUUGUGGAGGUCAAUCCCGUUAUGCGACAGGAGGUCAAGUGGUCCACUUAUAGAAAAGUUCCCAUCCUGAUGGUGAACGAGACGGUGCAACUCAACGAUUCUUCUGUAAUAGUUAGUGUUUUGAAGACAUACCUGGUCAGCAAGGAAAAAACUAUAUCGGAGAUUCUCGCAUGUUAUCCUGAGAUGAAGGCAAAAAAUGACAGUGGAAAAGAUGUGAUAGAGUUUGGCAAUAAAUACUGGGUCAUGGUGCGAGACACAGAUGCUGAUCAUCUAUAUCCAGGAAAAGACACCAGAAAAGAGGAGAUUAAAUGGCGGAAAUGGGCAGAUGAGUGGCUGGUGCACCUAAUUUCCCCAAAUGUUUACCGCACGCCGACUGAAGCCCUUGCAUCCUUUGACUACAUAGUACGAGAAGGCAAAUUUGACACAUUUGAGGGAUUCUUUGCAAAGUAUUUUGGAGCUGCUGCCAUGUGGAUCAUUUCAAAGAGAUUGAAAAAGAAACACCAUCUGCAAGAUGAUGUGAGACAGGAUCUCUACAAGGCUGUCAAUGAUUGGGUGGCAGCCAUUGGAAAAAACAAGAAAUUAAUGGGAGGCGAUCAACCCAACCUUGCAGAUCUGGCCGUGUUUGGUGUUCUGAGGGUUAUGGAAGGCCUUCAGGCAUUUGAUGAUAUGAUGGAAAAUACCAAGGUGAAGAACUGGUACCGACAUGUGCAGAAGGCCACACAAGGAGUGUCAUAAAAUCAAAGCUUCUGUCAUCGCUGCACCAACUUGAAGCACUUGAUACCACAGCACAACUUUAAAAAACAAACUUGAUGCCAUCUAAUGGUAGUCUUCCUCCCCCCCCCAUGUUUUGUUUUACUACUAGACUGAAUUUAUGUAUUUCUCUCAUAGUGUUUUCUUUUACUUUGUGAAGCAAAGCGCAACCUGAACCAAAUGCUAUUUAAAGUAAAACAACCUCAUAUAAUCUGUAGAGAUUGUGAAUGGGUUUUAGGAUUGUUCUGAAAUCAUCCAAUUUUUUCCAUCUUUGUGAACUAGCUUGAAAUCAGAUUAUCGACAAAUUUAUAAUCUAGUGAUUUAGUCUUUUUUUCAACAAAUGACAGUUUUUUUUUUUUUUUUUACACAAGUUACUGUUUCUUGUUGUUUUGAAUUAAUUUUCUUCCUUUUGUAAUAUUGAAGUGCUGCCACUCUCAUCAUGUGGUGUUCAGGUUACCUAAGCAGAUGAGCUCAGCCCUGUGAUAGAUCAUGUAGAUGCUUGCGUCUACCUCUGUUUGGCUUACUGUUCUCUGUUCAUAAAUGUCCAAUCUGAGGUUUGAAGCUGUGGUUUACUGAAUGUUCAUAUUGAUGUGUUUCGUCCUUGGGUUCUCAAGGGGUUUAACUUAAAAUGUGAUCUUACGGAGUAAUGGUUAUGUGAAAGUUGCUUUGGACAUUUGGAGUGUCCAGUUAACCAAGAACUUUUGGCUAUGCAUCAUCUUUUGAUGACAAAAGUGAUAAAUAUUUGUCAGUGAAAUAAAGUAAACAUCUCAAGCAGA